AUGUGUAUAGAUUAUAGGGAGCUGAACAAGGUGACGGUGAAGAACCGUUACCCACUCCCGAGGAUUGAUGACCUCUUUGACCAGCUACAGGGAGCAUCUUGGUUCUCCAAGAUUGAUCUGCGAUCAGGAUAUCAUCAGAUGAGGGUCAGAGAGGAGGAUGUACAGAAGACUGCAUUCCGGACGCGCUAUGGCCACUAUGAGUUCGUGGUGAUGCCUUUCGGGCUCACCAAUGCUCGUGUCGCGUUCAUGGACCUCAUAAACCGCGUGUGUAGACCGAUGCUGGAUCGGUCCGUGAUAGUUUUCAUUGACGACAUCUUGGUCUAUUCCAAGACGCAAGAGCAGCAUGAGGAGCAUCUGCGAGAGGUUCUGGAUACUCUGAGGAGAGAGAGCUUGUACGCCAAGUUCUCCAAGUGUGAGCUCUGGUUGCGCGAGGUGCAGUUUCUUGGUCACCUUGUCAACCAGAACGAUAUUCUGGUCGACCCGGCCAAGGUGGAGGCCGUGAUGAGAUGGGAGGUUCCGAAGUCUCCAUCUGAGAUUCGGAGUUUCCUGGGAUUAGCCGGCUACUAUCAGAGAUUCAUCCAGGAUUUCUCCAAGAUAGUCGUACCCUUGACGCGGCUGACAAAGAAGGCCGUAGUCUUUCGUUGGGGGCCUGAGCAGCAGGCAGCGUUUGAGACGCUGAGACAGAGAUUGUGCGAGGCACCGAUCCUAGCCCUGCCUGAGGGCGUAGAGGAUUUUGUGGUAUAUUGUGACGCGUCUAUUUCGGGUUUGGGAGCGGUUUUGAUGCAAAGAGGGCACGUUAUUGCAUACGCUUCGAGGCAGCUGAAGCCUCACGAGGCGAAUUAUCCGACGCAUGAUUUGGAACUGGGGGCUGUUGUUUUUGCCCUCAAGAUUUGGCGUCAUUACCUCUAUGGGGUUCGUUGUACCAUUUACACGGACCACAAGAGCCUGAGGUAUCUCAUGGAUCAGCCGAAUCUGAACAUGAGGCAGUGUCGGUGGUUGGACGUGGUGAAGGAUUAUGAUUGCGAAAUCCUCUACCACCCGGGGAAGGCCAACGUGGUGGCCGAUGCACUUAGCCGCAAGGCGGCGCCGAUCAGAGAUAUCUGCAUGCGGAUGACAGUAGUGACCCCAUUAUUGGAGCAGAUCCGAGAGGCCCAACAGGAUGCUAUGAAGGAGGAACAUCGGAAGAGUGAGCGUAUAGUGGGUCAGGUUUCCUCCUUUGACUAUGACAGCAGGGGAUUAUUGACAUUACACCGCAGGGUGUGGGUUCCAUACCACGGAGGCGUGCGCCAGGUUCUGAUGGAGGAGGCGCACAAAUCCCGAUUCUCCAUUCAUCCCGGGGCGACGAAGAUGUAUAGGGAUCUUCGUCUUGAUUAUUGGUGGCCCUGCAUGAAGCGGGAUGUAGCAUGGUAUGUGGAGCGGUGCUUGACCUGCAGAAAGGUCAAGGCCGAGCACCAGAGGCCACACGGCAAGAUGCAGCCAUUGGAUAUUCCCCUGUGGAAGUGGGAAGAUAUUACUAUGGAUUUCAUCACCAAGCUUCCCAGAACCGCGCGGGGAGUGGAUUCCAUAUGGGUCAUCGUGGAUCGGUUGACCAAGAGUGCCCAUUUUAUACCGAUCCAGGAGAGCAUAUCGGCCGAGAAGCUGGCCGAUAUUUAUAUUCGAGAGGUUGUGGCUCGUCACAGGGUGCCGGUCUCCGUGAUUUCUGACAGGGAUGUUCGGUUCACUUCCAGGUUUUGGAAGAAAUUCCACGACGAGUUGGGUACUCGUCUGCAUUUCAGCACCGCCUUUCACCCGCAGAUGGAUGGCCAGAGCGAGCGGACCAUCCAGACUCUGGAAGAUAUGUUGCGGGCGUGUGUGUUAGAUUUUGGUGGUAGUUGGCAUACUUACCUUCCGUUGGCUGAGUUCUCCUACAACAACAUCUACCAUGCGAGUAUUGAUCGUCCUCCCUUUGAGAUGUUAUACGGGAGGAAGUGCAGGACCCCGAUAUGCUGGGGCGAGGUUGGCCAGAGGGUCAUGGGGAGCACCAAAGUAGUGCUCAAGACGACAGAAAGGAUUCAGCAGGUCAGGAGCAGACUUCAGACUGCACAGAGUCGGCAGAAAAGCUAUGCCGAUAAGCGUCGUUCAGACCUGGAGUUCCAGGUCGGGGAUAUGGUUCUCCUGAAGGUGUCGCCAUGGAAGGGCGUCAUCCGAUUCAGGAAACGGGGCAAGUUGGGUCCCAGGUAUAUUGGACCCUUCAGGGUUAUAGCCCGGGUUGGCAAGGUGGCGUACAGGUUGGAUCUGCCAGCCGAACUCAGCCAGAUCCACAGCACCUUCCACGUCUCUCAGCUGCGGAAGUGCCUGGUGGACGACUCAGCAGUAGUACCCUUAGAGGACAUUCAGGUCGAUGACAGCCUGAAUUACAUUGAGCGACCUGUAGCAAUCCUCGACCGGAAGUCGAAGGAUCUGAGAAACAAGAGGGUGGAGCUCGUGAAGGUGCAGUGGCACCACCGGAAGGGCUCGGAAUGGACCUGGGAGCCGGUGGAUGAGAUGAUGGAGCAUUACCCAGAGUUAUUCCAGGAUCGAGCAGCAGACUUCGAGGACGAAGUCUAA